AUGAACGAAGAUCUCGAGGAGCUCGACAUCGACCUGAGCGUGCCCAGACCUGUCGACUGGGACGCGUAUUGUUGGGCUCCAGUUCCCAGCACCACAACCCCCCAGAUCCAACAGCGCUAUGGCUAUUCGCGCUUCUGCGAUAACAUACCUCUGGGGUCGAGUGCUUCACCUAACGAAGAUAUUGAGGAGCUCGACAUCGACUGGGACGCAUAUUAUUGGACUCCGGUCCCCAGCAAACACGUAUAUCCCCUCCCCCGAUCACUCUCGCGACGUAUUCCUCUUGAUGUCUUAUACAACAUCUUCCCUCACCUCGAUUCGGAGACGGACCGAUCGUCGGUCGCACUCGUCUGCCGGGAGGGGUCACAUCUGUACCUCAAGCGUGAUGCGCGGGUAAUGCAGAGACUCAACCGCACCACGACGCUCAGGAUCCACCAGCGCUAUGGUGACGAGCCCUUCUGCGACAGCGGAUGCAUACGUCCGUCAAUGCACCCGACCUUCACCAGGGGUCUGCGCCUGUUCAGAAAUCUCCGUAGCCUGGAGAUUGUCGACUUCGUCUUGGCCAGCUUCGGCCAGCUUCGCCGCAUCAUCCUCGCAUCCCCACAGCUGGACAGCCUGGUUCUGCGUGACGGGAAAUACGCACUGCCAGAGUGCCCUCCGGCUCUAUCGUUAGCUCCUCCUGAGCGGCUCCAAACCCACGUAUCCGUCCCACGUCUGCGGCGGCUCGAGCUAUGUCACUUGGAUAUCAGGCUACUCGCUGCUCUGGUCGAUUGGUUCGUCACGGCACAUCCACCGUGCCAGCACGUAACAGACCUGACCAUCACUGAGGUCAGCACAUAUCUCUGGCUGGCAUGCCAGGACGAGCGUGCAACGUGAAUGAAACCACACUGAGCUUAGCCUGUAAUCCGUCUGUGCGACGACUCGACGUCCACGUUGAACAGGAAGGCAGUGAAUCGUUCAAGCAGUUCGUUUCUACAGGUAUACACCAAGGGGAUUUCUUAUUUCUCAGGACCUGGUCCCCCAUCGUUUCAACAGUUCCAAAAUCUGCAUGGCGGACGUUCCAGCUCACUUUCAUCCGAAUGGGAUGGGAUAUCUUCACCAGAAGCUACUCAAAGCCAAUCAGCAGAACCCUGUCCUCAAAUGACUUCGACCGCAUGCCGGAGAUACGCA